UCCACAGCGUCGCAGGAGAGUGACGUCGUCUCUUGGUGACGUGUCGAUUUGUUUACAGCGCUGCAGCUUCACAGACAUGGCUGUGGAUAUAACUUUACUUUUCAAAGCCAGUGUUAAGACUGUAAAAACCAGGAACAAGGCGAUAGGAAUUGGCCUAGAAUCUCCUAAAGAUGACAUUUUCAAGAGGAGCAGACCCAAGAUAGGCUUCUCUCCGAAGGCGAAAGAAGUGAUCACGAACAUCACCAAGCUCAAAGACUUUCUGCUACAACACAGGAAAGAUUAUGUGAGCGCCGGAAGUCUCAUCUCCUCAGAUCUUACCCGUAUGACGGACAAUGAGCGAGACCAGAUCGACCAGGAUGCUCAGAUCUUCAUGAGGACUUGCUCUGAGGCCAUCAGGCAGCUACGCAACGAAGCGGUGAAGCAAGUGAGUUCAGCCCAGGUAAAGGAGCACAGAGGGGCCGUGCUGGACCUCAUUGAAGUCUACCUGAGAGGAGUGUGCAAGCUGUACUCGGAGCAGAGAGCAAUCAGAGUCAAGAGAAUGGUGGACAAAAAGAGGCUGUCCAGACUGGCUCCAGAGCACAACAGCAGGGUGGGGAAAACGCCAGAGCCCAUGGAGGAGAAAACCGUCAAGGAGGAAAGUUCUGAGAAGAGUGUGUCUGAAGUCCCUAACAACACCCUCAACCUGUGGGAGGAGGGCCGGGUGGAGGACGAGCUCUCUCCUGAGGAGAUCCAGAUGUUUGAGCAGGAGAACCAGAGGUUGGUGAGUGAGAUGAACAGCCUGGUGGAUGAAGUGAGGCAAAUCGAGGGCAAGGUGGUGGAGAUCUCUCGCCUGCAGGAGAUCUUUGCUGAGAAAGUCCUGCAUCAAGAAACAGAGAUAGACAGCAUCCAGCAGCUGGUGGUGGGCGCCACAGAAAAUGUCAAGGAAGGGAAUGAGGAUAUACGAGAGGCAAUCAAAAACAACGCUGGCUUCCGGGUAUGGAUCCUGUUCUUCCUGGUCAUGUGCUCCUUCUCUCUCCUCUUCCUGGAUUGGUACGACAGCUAACCCAGCUGAACAGAACAGACAAUGAACGACAGGAGACCGUCUGCCUCCUGGCACUUAUCGGUUAUCUCAAAAAGACGUGAUGACAUCACUGAGACUGAAUGUACAGUUUACCUCGCUGGACCUGGUGUACAAAGUGCUCUUCUUGACGACUCUGUGUUCAAGUGGAAAUGGCUAACUAUCUAUUAAUGGCCGCUUAAAAGCACUUCUAUUGGAGCGAGCUGUGGAGCAUGGCGUCCUCUUUAAGUGUGUGUUUGGUUUGACAGUCUGGCUGUGAAAGCAGUGAUCAUACUUUGAUUGACAGUAACUGUUAUUGUCUGACUAACUGAAUCUAAUCCUUGUUGAAACUGACUGAAGGAAGCUGAUGUUCUGACUGGCACUACAUGCACUAUCUGUCACAAUUUGAAUACAUUAUUUACUUGUACCUCAGUGCGAUUUUAAUCAUACUUCACUGUCAAAUGCUGUUGAAUGUUUUGCUUUCCAGGCAAUAAUAAGCAGCAGAACAAUUUAUUAGAUAUUAAUCUCCGCAUGACUGUAAUGGCACACCACUCACAUUCUAGUAAAACCGAACAAUAGUCUUAAUUAAAUU